AUGACCUCGAAAUCCACGUCGAAAUGGGCGGUCGACGAUGACGAAGAAUCGGCCGCAGCCGUCGCACAACGCAAAAAGGAGAAGGAAGAGAAAAGACGGUUGAAGGAAGAAAAGGCUCGCAAAGCAGCAACAGCAAAGUCUACUUCUCCAUCUGCUCAUGCGGACGACAAUGAACGCGCCGCGAAACGACAGAGAACGUCGCCAGACGAAGAGAACGGAGCAGCAUCAUCAACCCUCGUAGAAGGGGCACAUUUAUUACACUUUCCCAGCCGACAGUUCGGCGCCUGCGGCCACGUCGACCAGUUCGAACUGCUCAACAACAUCGAAGAAGGGUCUUACGGGCUGGUGUCGCGCGCACGGACACAGUCCUCAGGCGAGAUCGUCGCGUUGAAGCGCUUGAAGAUGGAACACACCAACGACGGAUUCCCCGUGACGGGACUCCGGGAGAUCCAAACACUGAUGGCGAGCCGGCACGCGAACGUGGUCAAACUGCUCGAGGUGGUGAUGGGGGACAGUCUGAAAGAUGUCUAUCUCGUCAUGGAGUUCCUCGAGCACGACCUCAAGACCCUCAUGGAAGACAUGGCGGAGCCGUUUCUGCCGUCGGAAACCAAGACGCUGAUGCUCCAGAUCGUCGCGGGCACCGAGUAUCUCCACUCCAACUGGAUCAUGCAUCGAGACUUGAAGACAUCGAAUCUGCUGCUCAACAACCGUGGCGAAAUCAAGUUGGCCGACUUCGGCAUGGCGCGGUAUACCGGCAACCCGCCGCCGAAACUGACCCAGCUCGUGGUCACGCUGUGGUACCGAGCUCCGGAACUACUGCUCGGUGCCGAAGAGUACGGCUUCGAGAUUGACGUCUGGAGUCUCGGUUGUAUCUUCGCCGAGCUGUUGACCAAAGAACCCAUCUUCCAAGGCAAAAAUGAAGUCGACCAGCUGUCCAGGAUUUUCGCGUUGCUGGGCACGCCCACAAACGACACGUGGCCGGGCUUUCGAUCGCUCCCGAAUGCGAAAGCCCUUCACCCGGUCCUGUCAAGCUCCAAAGAGUCACUUCCAACCCUGUCGGCGUCCAAGUUUCCAUAUAUAACCAACGCAGGUCUACGGCUCCUUUCGUCUUUGUUGGCUCUGAACCCCAUCUCCCGGCCGUCAGCAACUGAGAUCCUCGUCCAUCCUUAUUUCAGGGAAGAUCCGCGCCCGAAAGCGAAGGAGCUGUUCCCCACGUUUCCCAGCAAGGCCGGCCAAGAGAAGCGCCGGCGCAGAGCGACUCCUCAAGCUCCCGAGCGUGGCGACGCGCCUCGUUUGGAUGAGCAGGAGUUUGCCGGCAUAUUUGCCGGUCGAGCCGACGAGGAGCAUGGUGCUGGGUUCUCUCUGCGAUUGGGAUAG